GCAUUCCCUUAAUUUACGACAUCCGGGGUCAAAGGUUGUGUUUAUGUUUCGGUCACGGACUAUCUUGUUUUAAACUAAACCCCUCUUGGUUAGAAAAAUGUUAAUAAGUUCACAAUGAAAGUCACAUUUAAAACAAACAACCGGCAUGGGUAUUCUGUUAAAUUUUCGCCAUAUUUUGAAACACGAUUCGCUUGCUGUACAUCACAAAAUUUUGGCAUUGCAGGUCAGGGUACACUGUAUGUGUGUGAUGUAAACCCGGCUGGUGUGCAGCCUCUCCAUGUCUAUGACUGGAAGGAUGCAUUGUUUGACGUGACAUGGGCCGAGAACAAUGAGCAUGUCCUCAUUGCUGCUGCUGGGGAUGGAGCAUUGUUACUCUAUGACACAAACAAUCCUAAGGGCCCUCUGAGAGUGUAUCAAGAACACAGCAAAGAGGUUAAUUCUGUUGACUGGAGCCAAACACGAGGGGAAAACCUGAUUGUGUCUGGGUCCUGGGACACCACUUUAAAACUGUGGUCAGUUGAAAGUCCAAGAUCCCUGACAACAUUAGCUGGACAUGAGAGUAUUGUCUAUUGCGUUGUCUGGUCACCUCGGUUACCUGGAAUAUUGGCAUCAGCAUCAGGAGACAAGACAUUGAGAGUGUGGGACAGACGUCUCGGCAAGGCACAGUGUGUGAUUCCAGCCCACCAGACAGAGGUACUCACCUGUGACUGGAGUAAAUAUGACCAGAACUAUUUAUUUACGGGGUCGGUUGACUGCAGCAUUCGUGGGUGGGACAUCCGCAAUCCCAGCAGACCGACAUGCGAACUUACUGGCCACAGAUUUGCAGUACGCAGAAUCAAGACAUCACCUUUUGAUGGAAACAGAUUAGCUUCAUGUUCAUAUGAUUUUACAGUCAGAACCUGGGAUAUUCAGCAGCCACAUGCCAUGGAGAUUAUAGAGCACCACACAGAGUUUGUCUAUGGGCUGGACUUCAACCUCCACUUACCAGGCCAGCUGGCAGACUGUGGCUGGGACUCCCUCAUUCACGUGCAUAGACCCAAGUCUUUAUGAUGGGACUGAAGUGACUAUUCAGUCUCCUGUAUUGUGGGGAAUGAAACGGCACUGUUGUUACUGACUGAAGUAUAUGCAACUUUUACUCACUGUAAAAGUCAUCAAAGUUGGUAUUCAGGAUGAUUAUGUCAGUUCUCUUACUUAAAAUAGAUUUAAUUGCAUCAUCAUCAAACUUGGAGACAAACAUUAGAAACAAGAUGUGUUUGUGAAACACAAUGUCCCCCUAUAUGAUGUUUGACCUUGUGAAGGAUGACCUUGACCUUUCACCACUCAAAAUGUGCAGCUCCAUGAGAUACACAUGCAUGCCAAAUAUCAAGUUGCUAUCUUCAAUAUUGCAAAAGUAUUCAUAAAAUAAGUGAUUUGGGCCACAUAUAUUUGACCUCUGACCUUGAAGGAUGACCUUUACCUUUCACCACUCAAAAUGUGCAGCUCCAUGAGAUGCACAUGCGUGCGAAAUAUCAAGUUGCUAUCUUCAAUAUUGCAAAAGUAUUUAUAAAAUAAGCGAUUUGGGCCACAUAUAUUUGACCUCUGACCUAGAAGGAUGACCUUGACCUUUCACCACUCAAAAUGUGCAGCUCCAUGAGAUACACAUGCAUGCCAAAUAUCAAGUUGCUAUCUUAAAUAUUGCAAAAGUAUUCAUAAAAUUAGCGAUUUUGGCCACAUAUAUUUGACCUCUGACCUUGAAGGAUGACCUUGACCUUGAACUUUCACCACUCAAAAUGUGCAGCUUCAUGAGAUACACAUGCAUGCCAAAUAUGAAGUUUCUAUCUUCAAUAUAACAAAAGUUAUUGCAAAAUGUUAAAGUUGGCGCAAACAGACCAACAGACAGACCAACAGACAGGGCAAAAACAAUAUGUCCCCCACUACUAUAGUGGGGGACAUAAAAACCCCGAGUUGCUCUUUUUAGGUUUAGGAGGGCCUUGCUGAACACACAUAUAGGGAUGGGAAAAUGUGAUUUUACAAUCAAAAUACACAACAUUUCAAUAUUAGUCUGUUUAUUCUUGACUGGAAUUAUUUUGUUGUACUUUAAAUAUACAAUGUUAUUUUCUAGAAUAAAUGGAUUACAAAGUAUCUUAAAGGUGUAGGAAGCUUUAUUGUCAGGACAUAUCAAUUUGCUGUUGUUUUCUUCAUAAGUGUAAUGCCCUUAACUACGGAAUCCGGAUAGUGCCAUCUAUAAUCUCGCACUUCUUUCAUCAAGGGCAACACUAGACACACGAAGCGAUACUUGAUCUUUUUCUUGACAGUGACGCACGAUAUAUUUAACACAAUAUAUCGCCUGUCAAGAAAAAGAUCAAGUAUCGCCGCGACUGUCAAGAAAAAGAUCAAGUAUCGCUGCGACUGUAAAGAAAGAGAUCAAGUAUCGCUUCGUGUGUCUAGUGUCGCACUUGAUGAAAGAAGUGCAAGAUUAUAUAUGGCAUUAUCCGGAUUCCGUACUUAACUGAGGUCAUUUCAAAGUGUCAUAUCGUCGCUGUCGUUCUCAAACCUCGUAGCUACAAAAUGCCAACUUUUCAGGAGAGAGAAAAAACCGUCUCGUUUUUUUAUAACGAUGUUUUAGAAAUUAAAAUUCUGUAAAAAUACCAAACAAAUGAAGCUGCAAAAUACGGUAUAAGCCGUAGACGCGUAAGUCAUACUGAUAAGUCAUACUGACAGUCAGACAUGGUAGCUACGAUAUUUUGUCACCACAGUUUUGUCUUAUGAGGUACGACAAUUCGUCCUGAUAGGAAACCUCGUAGUUGCAAAUAAAAAAAAUUAUAAAACGUUUUUGUCAAAUUUGUCCAAACGAAACGACGUACCUAUAGGUGAAAUGGCGUCGCUACGACUUUUCGCCGGGAAAAAAGCCAACAAUCAUUCUACAACAUUUUGUCACGUGGCUUUUUCAAGGGCUCUGAUUGGCGUAGAGCUACGAGAUAUAGCACAAAACACGCGCCAGACUUCAUAUAUUCGGACAAGACGAAAAAAAUAUUUUGAAAAUUUUGGAGCUACGAGGUUUGAGAACCACAGCGACGAUAUACCACUACUACUGUUUUUAUUUGAAUUACUCAAAACGAGUACCACUAAUUUGACUGCAGAGCUGGUACAUUGCAUAUAUGGCUUUUAACAUAUUUUAUGUAACACUAGAACAGAUUAUCUCAAUAUUUAGAAAAUAAUAAUCAGACAUUUGAGUCAGUGGCAUGAAUGUUGUUUACUGGAUACAUAAAGAUGGCGUAAGUGGUGUUAGAAUAGAAGAAAACACAUGUUUUUUAAGGUUUAUGGCAAAAAUUAGAAUUCCAAAAAUUUAAGAUGUGUUUAUUGAAACGACAAUAUUGUGCAACCAUUAUAUUUCGUCUUGAAAAAAAUAGUGGGUUUAAAACACUAUUUUAUUUUUGAACAUGUCAAAUCAUGGAAAUUUGAAUUUUGGCAAUAAAAAAGUAGGAAUUUGUGUCAAUUUUUGAUUUGUUUGUAAUACUUGUCAGCGAUAAACCAGAGAAGGAGAAGGGGUCACUUUGGAGUCACAUGCCAAUUAAUUAGUCCGUUGUAUAAGUGAUAGUAACUGGCCCUUUUAUUGCAUGCCAACUAACUAGCACAUUGCUAUGAUUAGCAACUAGUGGUACUGAAUGAUUGUUAACGAGUGUUUGACAUAAAUGCAGUCAUUAACCUCAACACAUUGACACUGAAACUGAUCCAUGCAGAAUGGCCGAUAUCCUACCAUUCACAAAUGAUAUGGGGUUGAUCAUGACUGGCAUCAGAAAAGAUUCGUUUAGUGAAGCAGCUACUUUGUUUUGUAACUGUAAAUGUUUUUUCUUUGUUGUUUAGUGUUUGCUGAAUAAAAUUAUACUUUCAA